AUGUCGGGCAACUCCAAAAGGAAAAGGACUGAAGGCGUUUCAGACAUCUGCAACUAUGGACUUGACGAAGUUUUGGUACAGAGCUCAACAGGGUUGUUUGAUUUAGUAGAAAGGACUGAGCUGGAAGAAACCUUCUCAUGCCUCUUGUACCCAACACUCAUCAUGAAUUGCUCCUGGUUGUUCCACACUUUGGAGAAGGAUGCUCACCUCUCUGUUUAUAUCAGAGAAUGUGAAAAUGAUACAUUGGUUGAUUUUGAAAGCUACGUCUCUGUGGAAAAAGUUGGAUCAAGGUCCUGGAAAUUCAAUGAAGAUGAGAAGAAUCAUAUAGUCAUUCUGUUUAACAUGACCCGGAAUGGCAAAUGGAAAGUUUACGCCAGCAAAUACGACGUGGAUGUGCUGAGGCUCCUGCGUCCACCAGCAAAUAUCACGGCUUUGAUUAAAGAUGGAAACCUUUUUGUAGCAUGGAAUCUACCUAACACAAAAACAACUCGUAACCCUUACUGCUUUGAUUACCAACUGGAUGUAGGCGAGCAGGAAACACCGACAGAGCUGACAGGUGUGCUGGAGUUUUCAAAGUCAAACGCAGCUCCCACCCACACCUACAUGGUUAGAAUGAGGACCAGAGUGAAGGAUACAUGCAUUGGAUGUGGACACUGGAGUGCGUGGAGUCCCACAGUCAUUGUGGAGCAGUCAGUCAACAGACUCGACCCCCUGGUGAUUGUUGCAGUUUCAUUUGGAAUACCCAUGAUCCUCCUUGCUGUGCUGCUGCUGGUGCGCCAUCAGAGGUAG